AUGCCCCCUCAACCAGCCGAAGUGAAGGAGACUUUUCACUGUCCUGGUGACCCCAGCCUCCAAAGACGACCCGCCAAAGCUCUCAGACUGCCUGAACAGGUGCACACGGGCAGCCUGAACUCAAAACUCUGCGAGGGUAACGGUAAAGUCCAAACGAGAGUCCAAAUAAAAGCAGACGGAGGCUCAAACUUCUCCUCUCUUCAGAAAAACAGACGGCCAGGACCAGACAUCCAAUUAGAUCCAAGCGUAGCAGACAUUCCCAUAAAAAGCGUUCAACCUUACCUUCAGUCGAGCUCAGGGUGUGUCGGCAAGAUCCAUUCACUGGACAGAAAAAAACAUCAUGUACAGAAUUUAUUUUCACUUCUGCUUUUCCGUCAGACUUCCGAGCCUCUCGCCGUGUUAACUUGA